AUGUCUCCCUUGGCAUUCGAGUACUUGGAGACGAAAAUGUCAUUUUUGUCAAAUACUUCUUUUACCCAGGGCGAUCCGCAGAGGUGCAGGACUCCCCAUGCGAUGGCUGCCGCGAUUCCGAAUCGCUGCUUGUGGGACAAGGCUACUUGUGCCUGGCCUCUGGUAGCCGUUUUUCUCGGUAAAGGUGAUCCUAAUGGCACGGCUGAUGUUCGUGCUGUGCUGUUUUCCUUGGGAGCUGGAGAUCAAGAAGAGACAGCUAGGCGAGGAACAUCCAGAUACAUUGAUGAACUUUCACGAGUAUACUGGGGCCAUGGACGGUUCAAGGAAGCUAAAGAGACAAUACUCCAAGUAGUGGAGAUCAAGAAGAGACAGCUAGGUAAGGUGGAUGGACAUACAUUGGCCUACAUGGAAGACCUGGAAGCAUAUUGCCGGGAUCGCGGACAGUUAAAGGAAGCUGAAGAGCUCAUACUCCAAGUAGUGGAGAUCUACAAGACACAGCGAGGCCUGGAGAAUUCAGGUACAUUGUACCGCAUGUCUGAACUGGCACCAGGAUACCGGGAUCAGGGACGGUUAAAAGAAGCUGAGGAGCUCAGACUCCAAGUAGUGGAGAUCAGCAAGAGACGGCUAGGCCCGGAGCAUCCAGAGACAUUGUUCCACAGGCAUAAUCUGGCAGUAAUAUAUGUGGCACAGGACCGGUGGAAGGAAGCUUAUGAACUCGAGACACAUGUGGUCGAGGCUAAAACAAGGUUAUUCGGACAGGAUGAUUCAGACACGCUGGUCAGUAUGCUCUAUUUGUCAGCAAUAUAUGUGUCUCUGGGCCAGCGGAAUGAAGCUGGAGAGCUACAGAAGCAGCAAGCGAUGGAGGCUAUUAGGAGGGCACUGGCCGAUGAUGAUUCUUCCAGAGAGAGAUUGAUUCGUUCGGCUGAGACUUUGAAAGCCCUGACAAAGAAUCAGGAUGUAAUAAAAUUGAUGGACGAGGUGAUCCAGAUGACAAAGACUGUGUGA